AUCCGAUUAAAAAAAAGAGUGAUGGAGUAUUCUUAAUUUCCUUUGUAGCUGCAUCCUCUAUUCUCUCUCCUAAAAAACAGCGUGUAAUACUCUGUCUGGUGAAGCAAAUCAAAUCCAUUACCCCUUAACUAAUCAUAUUAUCCCACCGGCGUUUUGCUGUCUCCCCUUACUUUCAGAUUCAGAACCCCCUUAAUUCAAUCUCCUUUAUUUCCCAGGUUAUACCCAAUUCGUUUUUGAUUUUGUGUUUUUUAAUUAUUUUCGUGAAUUAUCGAGAUUAUAAUCAAAUUGGGAGCAAAUUAGAAUUUCCCAGUUGGUUCGAUUUCUAAAAUUCGUUUGGAGUUUUGGGUAAUUGGAGAAGAGUUAGGUUAAGGUGAUUGGAAUUGGUUCAAUUAGAAGCUUUCUGUAUUUACCCUUUUGGGGAAAAUUCAUAUUAUUGCUUGGAUUUGGAAAUUUUUGGGUUAAAUCAAUGUGAAUAUCAAUUAGGGUUUGGUAUGAAAUCCGUGAAAAUUGAGAAAUUAGAUUGAUCUUUUCUUGUUAUGGAGCCAAAUCCACCAUUAAUCAAGAUUCUUAGCUCGUGGUUGUUAUUAGCUAUCUUCACCAUUGUAGCUGAAUCCCAACAAUCACCACCACAAAAUCAACAAAAUCAAGGACAAAAUCAAAAUUCACCACCGUCUCCUCCUCCGCUUUCGCCUCCUCCUCCACCGCCAUGGAAGCCUCCUCCUCCCUUCACUUUCCCUCCUCCUUUUCCUCUACCUCCUCCGCCCCUGCCUCUGCCUCCGAAAAAUUCUCCAUCAUUGCCACCACCUCCACCUCCGCCUCCGAAGAAUUCUCCGCGAUUGCCACCACCUCCUCAUCAAUUUCAUUCAUCUCAUGGGAUGCAUCCCAAUUCUCGAGCUAAUAAGAGCAGUAAGCAGCAGAAUUCAAAUCUCAUGGAUGGUGAAUGGUAAGCAAGGAAGAUAGGAUUAAGCAGUUUUUGGCAAGAUUUUGAUGUUCAAUUGGAGGUUUAUAGAUGAGCCAUUGGAAUGGGAUUGGAUUGGAACAAUUGAGGAUUAUUCUCUUGUUAUUUACUCCUACUUGUCAAUAAAUCUUUUACCUUUGAAUUGCUUUUAACAUCUAUAUAUUGUGAUCAAUAACUUUCAAAUUCAUACUCAUAAUUUUGUAUUGUUUAUACAUUAAUGGAGUUUUUUUUUCCA